UCACUCGUGGCGCCUGGAACAAAUAUUCAACAUGUUGAAUAUUUUUUGGCACGAAUAACGCUUGCCUCCGUGUGUGCGCUGAAUUGAAGGAGCAAGCUCGCAACAACUGAAUAAUGCGCAUGCGUAUCAGCGACAGUAAACGAAAACAAAAUGGAGGAAAUAGCAAGAGAUUCCGAAGAAGAGGAAUUCGAAGAAAUGUUGCUUUUUUUGUUGCUUAUGCGACGACGUCGUAGGCGUUUACGAGCUGCAAAUCGGCAGACAUGGUCAAGGCGCUGGAUAUUGCGGAGAGAAACACAAGGGGCGCAUGCAAAUCUAAUUCGUGAGUUAAAUGCUGAAGAUCCAGAACGAUUCCGGCAAUACCAUCGCUUGAAUAGAGAAGCAUUCAAUGAAAUCUUGGGAAUGGUUUGCCCAUUCAUCUCAAAAAAAGAUACCCAUUUGCGAAGUGCACUAAAGCCGUCUGAGCGCCUAUCGGUAACUCUGCGAUUUCUUGCAACAGGUGAGACUUUUAGGAGUCUGUCAUUUCAGUACCGAAUAGGGGAAAGAACUAUUUCAUCAAUUGUUGAAGAAACUUGCAAAGCAUUGUACAUAGCACUAAAAGAAAUUUAUUUAAAGACUCCAUCUUCAGCAAACGAAUGGCUUCAAGUUGCCGCUGAAUUUGAAACAAAAUGGAAUUACCCCUGCUGCAUAGGGGCAAUCGAUGGAAAGCACAUAGCCAUACAACAACCAAGUUACAGUGGCUCAGAAUUUUUUAAUUAUAAGCACUUUUUCAGUGUUCUUUUGUUAGCAUUGGUAGAUGCAAAUUAUAAAUUCAUCUACGUAGAUAUUGGAGCGGCAGGACGUGCAGGUGACGCUGGGGUAUAUGGCGAAUCAACCUUAAAAAAAUCAGUAGCGUCCAAUUCACUUAACCUUCCAUCUCCUACAUGUCUUCCAGGAAAUUCAGUAUUUAAACUAAACUACCACAUUGUUGGGGAUGAUGCCUUCCCUAUGUCAAAGAAUCUCAUGAAACCUUACCCACAUCGCAACUUAGAACAAGAGAAGCGUAUAUUUAACUACAGAUUAUCACGUGCAAGGAGAGUGGUUGAGAACGCCUUCGGAAUUCUAGCUCACAGAUGGAGAGUUUUUCUGACUACAAUUAAAAUGUGCCCAGAUAAGUUGACAUAUGUCCUUUUUGCCGCUUGCUGUCUACACAACUACCUAGUGGAAAAAAACAAAUCAACAUACACAGCGGCUGCUGACUUAGAGAAUGCUGAUCAUACAAUUUCUGUAGGAAUGUGGAGAAAUGACCAAAGACUUACUGGUUUGCAAAGCAAUCCUAAUCACAACCCACCUAGAAAUGCCAAGGAUCAGCGUGAAAUCCUAACUACAUACUUUAACAAUCAUGGAUCUGUCCCAUGGCAAGACAAUAUGAUUGUACAAUAAA